GGGUGAGGUACAGCUAGAGCGAGAGGGAAAGGGAGGGUGAGUAAGCUUGUCAGCGAGGGAGGGAUCUGUUUGAGCAAGACUGUGCCCAGACACAGACAGAGACAAAACACCACACAUUCCAAGGAGACAGACAUGGGUGGACAUGCUGGUGGAGAAGGAACCAGAAGAGAGAUACUGAGAAAGUGCUAGAUGAACAACAAGAGGAGAACAACAGAUCAGAUCUUCCCGGGCUGCCAAACCCCCUAGCGAACGGACAGUGCCCCCCCCCCCCCCCCCCCCACCUGCAUAGAUACCGCAGAAACCUCUGGAUUAUUUAUCAGCCCCUAGCUGGCCUGCGGAGCUCAACAUGCUGCUGCUGCAGUGCUGUCCUGCUGGUGUCAGUGCUGCGGGUUGGGUUUUGCUGACUCUGGGGCUGUCUCUACCGGCCACGCCACUGACAGAACUAGACCCAGGCUUCUCCAUCUGCAGACAGAGCUUCUACAGACAGACCCCCCCUCUGGGCCUCUCCGGGGGCGACGGGGCACUACUGGCCCCCCUCUGUAACAAGCUACCGGGGGGACAGUUGUUUGCCACGCUCUACCACCCGACCUGUGACGCAGCUGUGUACUCGGGCUUCCUUGUCAGCCAAGGAUGGGGGGAGACGGGGGAAGAGGUGGGGACAGAGAAGGAGGAAGAGGAUGACGAGAAGAAGAGUCUCCCCAAAGUGAUGACUCCAGCCCUGUUCAGAGGGGCCACAGAGGAAUUUCAUCCUGCCCCCGACUCUCCGUUCCACCAAUGGGACGCUGUGGUCGCAGAGCUGAUCCGGAGCAGUGUCCUGCCCCAGUGUGGCUCCACAGGGGGCCAGCUCUAUAUCCUGACAGGGGCCACAGGACUGGGGCCUGAGGUGGAGGAGGUUGGGGAUGAGGGCUGUGAGACUGGGGUGCUGUGGUCCGCGGUGUGCUGUGCUGGCCCAGAGGGACAGAGCGGGUUCAGCCUGGGGGUAGUUAGAGAGCCCGGAGGACAAGAUGAGAGGGUGGUGGGGGUUAAAGAGCUGGAAGACAUUAUUGGGGUGACGGAUCUAUUUUCAGAGGGUUGCUUGGGAACAGAUAGGGACAAAGAGGGGGACAUGGUGACAUUGCUCAGCGAGGCGAUGGUCGGUAUUGCAGCCACGAGGACCGUGACCACGGAAGAAGUUGAGGUGGGGGAAGAGGAGGCUGCAGAACCACUCAUUAGUCCCUCAGUAGACAAUGCCACUCUCUCCUCUGAGUCAGACAUGGAGUCAACCAACAGUACUCUGCUGUAUGUCCUCAUAUCCUCUGUCUCGCUGCUCAGCGCUCCACUGUGUCAUGUAGUCUCCACCCUCAGCAGGAUCCCUGGACAGGUUACCUAUGUCGUUCAGGAGGACAUGGUGGUCCUGUGUGCUCUGCCUGGUGACACCCUCAGAGUGUUCUACAACAUGGUGUCUGACCUGGUGUCUGGGGUUGGCUCAGUCACAGCCCUGGUAGUUGGGGUGGGGGAGAUGUGCUUCUCCAUCCUGUACUCCAUUACAGCCCCUCUGGUGGGCACCCUGCUAACCAGCUGCCAGGACGGGGUCACUGGGGUGGGCACUCUGGUCUGGGAUGGUGUGGGCAUAUUCCAGGGGCUCAUGGACAGUGCCUGGUGGGCAUCUGGGGUGGUUGGGGACCAGGCGUGGGAGCAAGUUGGGGGGUAUGUGGGGGUGGUGGGGUCUGAAAUUGGGAAGCAGCUGAAUGAGAUGGGUGGGGGACUGGGGAAACUGGCAUGGAAAUGUGGGAAUGGGAUGGGGAAUGUAAAGAGGAUGGUUGAAUGGCUGGUGGUAGGAAGCAUGGAAACAGUUGUGGACAAUGUUAUGGAAGCCUUUGGGCAGAACCAGAACUGAGGGUAGUUAGGGUGUACAGAAAAUGUUCAUAAAUAACAUUGCUGGCUUUAUUUUCUUUUAUUAUAAAUGAUUUAAAUACGCACCAGAUCAAGACAUGUAUGCUGCAUAAUGCCAAUGCCUCUACCUAACCUGUCUCUAACAACCAUAUCGGUACACUACAUAUUUUCAGAUUUGUUGCUCCCUGAAUUAGAUUACUUCUUAAUAGCUGUAAAGAAACAAGAGGCCAUAAGACUACAGGCAAAGUGACAAUGGGAGGGGAGUCAGAAAUAAGCUGGAUAGUCCUAUGGAUGUGUAAUCUGACCAAUUACAAUAUGGAUUUGGGUGAAUGGGGAUACUGUAUGACGUAAUGUAGUAAUUGCUGUUAGAACCAAAGUUAUUUCAUGAACUAUAUGCUUGCUUGAAUAAAAAAGGACAAUUGGUCAAAGUCA